AGUUGGCAGCAAUACGCACAGCGAGAAGGUCUACCAUGGCUGAUAUUUCGAACGAAGAGCUCCGUAAAGAAAUUACCGGUAAGUAAUGAUAUCCUUUGAUUUACCAUACCCUGAUCUUCGAAUAUGAUAAAAUUAAGUUAGUUAUCAUUCGUGGUGUAAGUUAUUCGCACGUUUGCGAGUAGGAAUAUGUAGGAAAUCAGGCUGUUUGCUCUUGCGACGUGACGACUUUAGCGCGCACGUAUGUGACGAAGUGGCGUGCCCCACGCCGGCCAUUACAACCACGAUUCAUCGUAUUUCCACUUACGUGCAGCUUUAUCGGGAUAUUGCAUCUCCAAACCGUUUCGUGUAAUCUGCAACUAAAAUUUUUCUAAAAUUGUUUGAUGUCUUGCAAAAAUUUCAAUAUGUCCUUGGUUUUUUUGGAAAUGAUCGCUUUCCCUAUCCAAUUCUAUAGUAUACUGUAUGACGCGUCUGGCUGUGGUGGCGCGCGCCUGAAGCCAUCGCAUGUUUCAUAUCUCACUCUUUCUCUUGUCUUCAAUGUCUUUUGCACUGUGAAAAGCGAUCUCAGCAUGGACCAUGCCCUCAUUUUCUAGAAUAUUUCAACGGAUCUUGCUUUUAUUUUUCAUUUUGCCAAUCCAAAUAUAGCCUCGUUCCUCGAAUUUUAUUCGCUUGUUAUAGUUCCAGUUACAUUGUAUUUCGUUGUUACGAAUAUUCAGUAUUUUUACCUUUUCCCGCCGCAUCAAAAUGGAUACACUACCGAUAUUUAGCAAUAUUUUUCUCUUAAUUCCAAAUUUUUUCCUCCUACAUUUAUUGUUUUUCUGCCUGAAAUAUGAAUUACGCCACCGAUCCGCUCGGACCUUUAUCGUUCAUAAGAUUGAACUUUUAGCUAUUUUUCAUCAUUCCAAGGUCCAAUGUAUACUACGAUCGAUCAACCAAUGCAAAGAGAGCCAUUUUAGAAAUGGAAUUAAUUUAUUACAUUUUCGCGAUGAAGUUAAUUGCCUGAAUUUUUUUUCUUUAUAGUACGAGGAAUCGGCAACCGGCAAUAUAUGGUUGCCAUUUUCAUUCAGUAUUUACUAGCUCUCUCUAACGCGGGAAAAUACGUCAUCGCAAUUUUGACCCCACAUUUUUAAUUUUUUUACUACCAUUACAUUCUUAAUUUUUUAAAACCAUUACAAUGAUUCUUCAUUGAUAAAAUUAUAAUUAGUUAUAUUUUGUAAAAUUUUAUGUAUUUCAUAUUGUUCUUGUGUAAUGUUUAAAAUAAAAAUUGAUUGAAAAUGGAUAUUGUAUCAAUACAUUCGCUUACUGCUAAUUGAAUUUUGGACAUUCGAAUCGUUAAGUUAAUUUUUUAAAUUUAUAUUUUUAUGUUUAGCCAUCCUUAAGGAUGCGGAUCUUACCACCAUGUCUGCUAAAAAAGUAAGGCUACAGAUUGAAGGAAAACUUGAUAUAGAUCUCACUGAAAGGUAAGAAUUUUUCUAAAAUGCUUUAUUAAUGUUCAUACGUUUCUUUUGUAUUUAUGCUUGUAACGAAAUUAAAAAUAAAAAUGUAUCGAAAAUUUAUAUAUAAACAUGUGAUUUGGAUACAGCAGGCGUUCUUGUAAUUUACAUAAUUCAAGAAUGAGAUUAUCUGUAUCCUAAAUAAAAUGAAGGAUCUCUGUGUAAAACUAUUCUUUUAAGUUUUUACCUCGUUCCUCCUUCAACAUUUUUUUUGAAGUUGAUAUAGAUCUAUUUUUAUUAGCAAGUUCAAUUUUGUGUUUAAUGUGGAUUCUAUAAUAAAUUUAUGUAUAGGAAAAAAGAAGUAGAUGCUUUAGUCAUGGAGUGUUUACAAGAAAAACAAGAUGGGGCAAAGAAGAAGAAGAAGACUGCUAGUGAAGAAUCUGAAGAUGGAGAAGAAGAAGAAGAGGAAGGAUCAGAGGAAGAAGAGGAGGAGGAAGAAAAGAAGCCAGCCAAAAGGAGUCCUGCAAAGAAAACAAUGAGUAAGCGUAAGAAGGGAUCUUCUGAUGAUGAGGAGAGUGCAAGUGAUGAUGAUGCUAGUGACGAAGAAUAUAACCCAAAGAAACCAAAAGCUACUCCUAAGAAAAAUAAACCUGGCAAGAAAGGAAAAAAGAAAGGUAGUGACAGCGACAGUGAUGAGGAUUGGGGUAAGGUUAAGAAAGCUCAAGGUGGUGGAGCAAAGAAAGGUGGUGGUGGUGGUAAAGGUAUGGGAGGUAAGGGCGGUUAUACGCGUGCUAUAACAUUAUCUCCGGAACUUGCUGCUGUUGUUGGUGCUGAACAGAUGGCUCGACACGAAGUCGUAAAGAAGAUUUGGAGCAUCAUUAAAGAAAGAAAUCUUUAUGAUCCUAAAAAUAAGCAAUAUGCACUCUGCGAUGAUGAAUUAUUAAAAGUAAUUGGAGUAAAACGUUUUAGAACUUUUGGUAUGAUGAAGUAUCUUAAAAAUCACUUUAUAGAUUAAGUCAUCCUCGAACCAUGGAAUCUGACAGAUUAUAAACAUUGUAUAACAUAUUCCAAGAUGCAAUGAGCAUCUCUCCAUCUUUCUCACACGGUACAUACAUAAAUAUACAUACAUACAAACACAAACAUAUUUCUUGCGACUUAAGACUUUAGCCAUGUUUACAUCAUUCCGAUGAACUCUGUUGUCCAUGGUAGCUGCUUUGUCUUAUUGAAUAUUUGCAAUGUAGCAUCUUAAUUUAUGGGCAUUAUUAAAAGUGCGGCUCGUUAACAUUGUUAAAAGCUGCCUAAAAUGUGUACGCAAAUGAUGACCCACAAGUAGGAAUUCGUGUAGAUUUGGUCAAUGUCAUAAUGAUAUAAAAAGGAAGGGUUGAUACCAUGGACGUGCGGAUGAUUUCGAAAUGUGGAAAACAUUAAAAUGGCCAAUAGUCAAUAAGCUGGUUUUAAGUCAAUGUAUUCAGAGUUAAUGUUUUUUUAUUGUUGUUUGCCUGGUGGUUCUUGUAAACAGUCUUUUUCACCAAGCAUGAAAAUACGGUGUGCCAUAAAUGGCAGUAAAAACGAAAUAAAAACUGCUUUAAAUUAUUUUAACAAUGAAUUUUUGUUUUUUUAUUUUAUUACGUGACAGUCAACAUUUGAAGCAGAGUAAAUAUAAAGAAUUCCAAUAGCAAUUAUUACAGUUGUUUUUUUUUUUUUGUUUCUCU